AUGACUCGUCAAUUACUCUUCUUUGUUACUCUUAACAAAAUAACUGAAGAAUUUACCUUGCAAGAAAAGGAUUUAGUAAACUUAAAAAUCCCAAAGCGAAUAGUGCACAUUAGCCUAUAUCCUAGCAAGUUGGUUAUUAAAAAGAAAAAAGUAGUCAGUGAAGUUGAUGAAUAUGAUUAUUCAGAAGAAAACGAAGACAAAUUAAUAGAAGAUAAUGAUUACGAAGAAAAUUCAUUAAUGAUUUACCAAGGAGAUCUAGAACCUAAUGGAGAAAAUGAUAAAGAAAAAUUUUAUCGUU